CGAAAAAUAUCAAUAAAUCUAGGGGGAAAAAAGCAAAAUCGGAGGUCACAACCCACAGCGCUAUGCCUAAAUAACAGCAACUGACGGUAUCUAAAUAAAACGGUAGUCGGUCAAGCUACUGAUUUAUGAAUUUAUGAGAAACAUAAAAGAGGAUUAAAGUAGGAAGCUCGGAUCUAAGCUUGCAUUAGGAAUACAAAGUCGCCAUUUCUUCCAUCUUAGGAUCCAGAUAAAGGGUACAAUGAUACACUAAAUACACCGCGGAAGCAGCGUUUCCUUCUGUUGAAUGAGCACUACUUGAAAUCUCUGCUGAUGUAAGCACUGCCAAAACAUCUCCCUAUCAGCAGACCUGUUGUCGCCCAUUUUUUCUUCCUAUAGCAACAAAACGACGAGCCUCCUCUCGACUUCUGUGCGCAUGUUCUGUGACAGACUAUGUGCCGUGUUUUUGGCUAGAACAGGGUCACGAACUCUGACCCCUCCCGAACCGAAGCAACCUAAAGAUAAACAUUUUAUUCUUCUGACUACCAUUACUACAUACAACAAAAAGGUAUAGAGGAUAGUCUACAUCUUGUGACUGCCUUCAAGAAUAUUUUACAAAAAAAUCAGAAUUAUUUCAAGAGCAGAUGAAUAAACAUUGUUUUAACUAUGGAAGAAAUGACACAUCAGAUUAUCGAACAACAGAUGGGAGAGUUACGGGCUGUCACUCAAACAGCUGUCAUAGAUGGCACCUCACAGAGGAUUCAGUUUCUCCCAGCUGAUUCAGCACUUGCUGUGGCACAGAGGAUACAGAUUGUGACAGAUCAGCAGACAGGCCAGAAAUAUCAGAUUGUGACAGCAGUCAACCAGGCCUCUGCAGGCAAGCAGUAUAUUGUAACUAACGCUGAUGGCACUUCUUCAGGAAAACUGAUCUUAACCAGGCAAGACCAACCUCAAGGAAAGGUGAUUCUAGCUACACCUGAUGCUGCAGGGGUCAACCAGCUGAUUUUUGCCACACCUGAUGUGUCUGCACAACAAAUCCAGAUUGUAGCAGAUCCUUCAGAAGACCAAACUUCAGGAAAAACACCAGCAGAAACAUGUGUCGUAUGUGGGGAUAGAGCAUCAGGACGCCAUUAUGGUGCGGUGACUUGUGAAGGCUGUAAAGGAUUCUUCAAAAGAAGCAUUCGGAAGAACUUGGUAUAUACUUGCAGAGGAUCAAAAGACUGUAUUAUCAAUAAGCAUCACAGAAACCGUUGCCAGUACUGCAGACUUCAGAAAUGUCUUACUUUAGGAAUGAGACAAGAUUCGGUUCAGUGUGAGAGGAAGCCCAUAGAAGUUUCUAGGGAAAAAUCAUCAAACUGUGCAGCUUCUACAGAAAAGAUAUACAUCAGAAAGGAUCUUCGCAGCCCAUUAGCAGCCACUCCCACAUUUGUAACAGAGAAAGAGGUAGCAAGAUCACCAGGCUUGCUGGAUCCAGCCAUGUUGUUGAAUAUUCAACAGUCUUUGUCAAGGGACUCUACCAUGGUAAUGACCAUUGAUAAGGCAGAGGCAUGUCAAGGUGAUCUAAGCACUUUAGCAAAUGUGGUGACAUCACUUGCCAAUCUCAGCAAAUCAAAGGAUAUCGUUCAAGAAGUAUCCCAAGACUUGGCACAAAGCAACACUGAACUCUCAGUAAUAGAAACAUUAAACAAUGGCGAUACGUCCUUGUUGGAACUCAAAGAUGACCAGUCCAGCAGUGAUAUUUCAAGAGCAUUUGAUACACUUGCAAAAGCAGUCCAUCCAUCUGAAACUACUGUUUGUCCUUCCAGUCCUGCAGAGAGCAGAAACAGUAGCUCUCAGUUAGACUCUGGGGAGAUGACUCUCAAUUUUGUCGAACUAGAAGGGCCUCUUCUCAGUGAUGCACAUAUAGCUUUCAGGCUAACGAUGCCAUCUCCUGUACCUGAAUACCUGAAUGUUCACUAUAUCUGUGAGUCUGCCUCACGGUUGCUGUUUCUGUCUAUGCAUUGGGCACGGUCAAUUCCUGCUUUCCAGACACUUACGCAGAACAGUGGCAUAACUCUGGUUAAAGCCUGUUGGAAUGAACUUUUCACACUUGGCCUCGCUCAGUGUUCCAAUGUGAUGAAUGUUGGCACCAUUUUAACUGCAAUUGUUGAUCAUCUGCACUCCAGUUUAGAGCAAGAGAAGCUAACAGCAGAUAAAGUUAAGCUGGUGAUGGAUCACAUCUUCAAACUACAGGAAUUCUGCAAUAGCAUGAAUCGUCUCUCACUUGAUGGUUGUGAAUAUGCAUAUUUAAAGGCAAUUGUUCUCUUCAGCCCUGAUCAUCUGGGCUUAGAGAAUGUUGUACAGAUUGAGAGAUAUCAAGAGAGGGCAUACAUGGAAUUUCAAGAUUAUGUGACAAAAACCUAUCCAGAGGAUACCUAUAGAGUGUCAAGGCUUCUGGUGAGACUGCCUGCGUUAAGGCUUCUGAAUGCCUGCAUUACAGAAGAAUUGUUCUUCACUGGGUUGAUAGGGAAUGUGCAGAUUGACAGCAUCAUUCCAUAUAUUCUGAAAAUGGAAACAACAGACUACACUACACAAGUCAUUAACUGAAAGGAACAAGUAGAUUUCAGAAAACAUCUAAAUGAAAUCUAACAAAAAAUGUGUGUUUGAAGGAGAAUCAAGAACAUUAAGAACUUGAGAACGAGAAAAAGACGAUUAACCUUCAAAAGUAAUUAUUGCUGUAAAUUUCUGAAAAGUAUACUGGCACAAUGGUUCUCUAUUUUUUUCUGAAUAAUGCUGUAGAGAGUAAUUUCUAAGGAGGCAGCAGGACCUGAUGCAGUUUAUAUGAAUGUGUUGUGACACGGAUUGCUACUCUUAUAUACUUAAAUAAUUUUCAUCCAGUACUUUAUUUCAAACCAGAUGAUCGGUCACAGCCUAAUUUGAGUAGCUAAGUGUAGUAUUGACCAUGUUUUGCCAAGUCUGUAAAAGGUUUAUUACAAAUUAACACCCCCGCCCCCUCCCCACACACACACUUCAACUCACAAAAGUGUGCUUUUUAUGAUUUAAUUCUUUCAGCAGCUUACAAAAAUUGAUGCAGUAAGUAAAAUGCUUGAGUUGAUUUCUAGUUGUACUGGAAAUGGGCCACAUCAUAUAAUAUGUAUACCUACUGAAUUAUUAAUUACAUGUUCUUCCAGUGAGUCCUUUAAAUUUGCGUUUUUCACUGAUGGUUGUGAUUUUUUUUUAUAUUUAUUUUCUUUCUCUUGGCUGACCUUAUCCCAUUUGGCAGCAAUUUAGUGUUUGUAAAAGAAACCAUUUAUAACCACAGUCAUUUACUCAUUCAGGACAGGAACAAGUGAGCAAUUGGAGUAAUGAUAAAAUACAAUUAUUUGUAAAUAUGUAAAAUUGGUAUUUUAUUAAGAAAGUAAUUUGCAGCAGAUAAAUUGAUUACAGACAAACUGUUUCAUUGCAGGCACCAAGUAUCAAAUGUCAUGUUUGGUUUGCAGAUGGAUUGUUUUGGGUUUCAUGAAUGCACAUAGUGAAAACACAGUGUUUUCAUUUAUUCAGAACAUUACUGUGAACUCAUACUGUACAAAAACUUCUAUUUUUUUUCAUGUGGUGUGUGCCCCUUUACUGCUCCUGCCAUUGGUUCAUUUUAAUUAACGCCAAGGUCACUGUAGGUCAAGGAGAGGGAUGUAGUGACUUUGGUAUGUCAGUAACUUGCACAUCCAGUACAACAAGCUGUAAUGUAAAUGGUUAUUCUUGAAAUUGUACAAAUCCAAUACAGACCUUACACAUUAUCAUCUUCAUCUUGGCCCCUUACCACCUUGUGAAUGAUUUAUUUAUUGACAUUAACCCAGGCGUUUGACAGCAGUUCUUUUUUAACAUUCCAUUUCAUGUCUGCCUCUACCAGUAGCUUUGCAGUACAGUCAGCUAUUGAGAUAGCAGGGUAUUGGUCUCGCUUUUGUGUAAAUGCUACUGUAAAUGUCUUUGAACCAGAGUAGAAGUGUAAAUUCUAUUUUGAUUGUAUUUUUAAAGAUAUUGUAAAUUUUUUAUUAUAGAAAAAUCCUGAACUUUGUGUUUAAUUCCUUGUAGAUAUGUGAGCAGUAACUUUCUGUGUAUUAAAUGUAUGUUGAUCAUGCAUUGCAUAAA